GUUGGAAUGGCACAUUCCGGAUCAGCGAUUAGCUCCUUUUGUUAGAACUAAAAGCGUUUUUUUCUGUUGUAUUUCUGUUCUUAGUUUCACGUGAAAGUUAAUUAUCGAUUGGAAAAAAGUAGAGCACCUGCGGCUAGCAUACAAUGUGUUCUUAGAUCAUCUGAAGCAAUUUGGCCAAUAACAUGUAAAACUCAAACUAAACCAGGACUGUUUUGGAGGAUAUUGGUCUAAAUAUAGAAUUAAAAAAUGUUUCGCGAUAUUUUGAUGUUAAUUUUUAUGAAGCACUGUAAUUACCGGCUCCUCUAAUGAUACAAUAAGAUGUGCUUACAUACUACACACUCGAAUUAGGAUACCGAAUCGACCCGAUAAAAGAUCCAUGGAGUAAAUUGUAAACAAUCCUAAAUUUAAAUACACGUCUUAUGGAUACGCGAACCAAACCGACACCGAUCGCGGCACGAUUCGACCGCAUCAUUGCGUAUAGCGAGAAAUAGAGAGAACACGAACUGUACCACCUUCGGCAAAACUCGUGAACGUGAUCGUGAAAACUUAAAAAGCACCUUAGCCACACUUUGAUCCACAGUCUUUCUCGAAACGUGCAAAGUGAUUCUUGGCCUCCUCGCAACAGACGAAGGGAGGAACCGGAUCGACGCGAGAAAAAUCAACCGUUGUUCAGUCAUCAUAUUAACAUUAUAUCAACAGUCCGUUUUUUUUCUGCUCUAUCACCCUGGCUGUCCUAGUGAAUCGUUACCGCAGCAGCAGCAGCAGCAACAACACCAUGGAUGAUUCGUUCGACGAGGAAGUGAUCUCGGCCGGCGCAACCAUCACGGUGGAGUUUAGCGGUGGCGCCGAGAUGCUGUUUGGCGGAGUAAAGGAACACGAGGUCCCAUUGGAUGGUUCGAAGAUUGUGCUACUUGAGGAAAUGCUUCGAUGGCUGCGAGACAAUUUAUUAACCGGCGAUCCUGCCCUGUUCCUCCAGGAUAACACCGUAAGGCCCGGCAUACUGGUGAUGAUAAACGACACCGAUUGGGAUCUCAUGGGUGAAACCGAUUACAUUCUGCAACCCGGGGAUCAUGUUCUGUUUAUUUCCACCCUUCAUGGAGGAUGAACAGUUUCAUCCGAUGCCGCGAUCUGUGAUAAAGGGUAAUUGUUUUGGUAAAGCUAUCGUUUAGCAAAAGAUGCCGGAGUGAGGUGCAGGAUGUGUUUUCGAAUGACAAAAAAACAAGCAACGGAGUGAACAAAAAGGGCGUUUAUGAGGUGUGACUAGAUGUUUCCUUACGCUGCAGUUCAUUAAUAUUGAAUGAGAGGGUAGUUUAUCUCAAUUUUGUUCUAUUUGUUUAAAAAUAGUCUUUUCCUUGUUAAGAAAUCAGUGCUACCACAUAGCCACAAACUAAAUUUAGCACAUCAGUAUCUUUUUAUAUAAAAAAGUGAAAUAUUCCCAAGGGGAGAAGAAAAAAAAUACAAGAUAUGUAACAAUUUCAAAUGAUAA